GAAAAAAAAGCUGACAUGGUGCUAGACGUUGUCUUGCCAUGUAUGAUGCCGACGAGGGUGUCUGUAAGCAACGGGGGAAAUGUUGGCUUUGUCAAUACCCUCAACCAUGGGCCAUUGACGCAGUAUAAAGUGCAACGAGUCUCGUCUUCAGUCGACAACCAAGACUAUUAUCUGUUCAGAGAGCAUUUCAAACAAGCAGGCACUUGGGCUUUCUCGGAAACCUAUCCAGUCACAAUCCUUUCUUUCUUCUUUAUUCUUUUUUCUCUUGUCCCCUUAUUUAGACUUGACAACUCCCACCCCUCAAUCACCCAAAACCAGUCGUUCGCUCGACUAGAUAGAGCAAAGCUCCACCCGAAAACAAGUCACGACAUAUAAGCCCACACACCAACGAAAGAAUGAAGCCCACCUCCAUCCUCGCCGCCGCCCUGGUCCUCGCCAGCGGGGCCGCGGCCGCUGCGCUCCCGCGCCGGGACCUGCCGCCCGUGACGCCCGAGGAGAACAACUUCAUCCUCGAGGGCAUCAUCGACGUGUUUGGCAACCGGCGGUUCGACAACAUGGCGUCGCUGUUCACGGCCGACGCCAACUACUUUGUGCUGGGCGACCUGGAGCCCUUCACGGGCGACCACACCAUCCCGGACACGGUCAAGCAGGCCAGGAAGGUGUUCAACGCGUUUCAGGAGUACGACUUCACCAUCGUCUCGCGCACCGUCACGUCGGAGCGGGCCAUACUCGAGGCCACGGUCAGGGGCACCCGGCCCGACGACGACGGUGAGCCAGUAGUCUACAGGCAGACAGCCGUGCUGAUUCUCAACACGGUCAGGGAUCCCGUCGACGGCAGGGUCAGGAUCAAGGUGCUCAGGGAGUACCUGGACCUGGUCACCCUCCAGAAAUUCGCCGAGGAGGUUGGCAUGUUUGAUUAG